AGUCGCCGCUCACAGGGACUUUUCAGACUCGGCUCCGAUCUGCGAUCCCACCGGCCGACUACAAAGUUCAGCUGCAGCAUCUGGAGAGAAUAAAGACAUGAAGCCAGUCCCCCUGCUCCUGCUCCUCUCCUCGUUCCUCCUCUCAUCGCACCUCCGCCCCGCCGCCGGCAGACCGCGCAUCCUCCCCGGGUGGCUUGAUGACAGCGGCCGCCUCCAGACGCAGCAACUGGACGAAGUGCUGCUCAGAGCGGCCGCCGCCGGGGACAGCACCGCCUCAGAUCUAAUGGGCGACAACAUCCUGAGGUUUCUCCAAAGGAGGAACCCGGACCCUCUGCACGUGCUCCCACCAGAGGGGGAGAGCGAGGAUGAGGCAGGGAGGACGGCGGCGCAGCUGUUGAAACGGAGCGAAGAGCCGCCGCUGUCCAUCGACCUGACCUUCCACCUGCUGAGGAAUAUGAUCCAGAUGGCCAAGAUGGAGAGCCAGAAGGAGCAGGCUCAGCUCAACCGCAAAGUCCUCGACGAGGUCGGGAAGUAAAGCUCUAUUUAUUUUAUUUUUUUUAAAUGCCUCAUUAAAACAGCCCAACCGCUGUCUAAGUAUUCAAGACCUCUGACAUUAGUUGUUGUUUGUGCGCCUGCCUUCUCCACAUCAUUUUACGCACAGAUGGUGCCAAUUUACGCGUCACAGCAUCCGCAAGUAAAGUGUAAAUUCUUAAGUGUUAUUUAAAGACUUUUUUUGGGAGGGGGGUCUGAGAAGUCCGUUUCCAUAUUUUCCAACAAAAACACACACACACACCACCAUCCCCUGGCUUCACCCCACCCUCCCCCUCCUCACACACACACACUCCUCAGCACUGGACUUUUGGAAACUGUUGGGUAUCACUGGAUUUCACACUCAAACAUUUGGACACAUUUAAUCCGGACAUGAGCAGCAAUGUAAUUUGUCUCUCUGAACAAAUGUUUUGAUGCUUGAAGUGAAAAUGAGAGAUUACUACUUUACUAAAAUAAAUAAAUCAGUCACAGUGCUGACCUAAAUAUUUCCAAAUGUUGCUCUCCUUUGCUAAAUUACAGCCUGACUUGAUUAAUUCUGGAGCUCUUUCUUGUCAGCAAAUUGGGUGACCUCAGUGUUUAAUGUUUGUAUGGAACAUGUUAAUGAUUCAUGAUAUUUACCCCCUUUAUAGGCUACUUGUUAGCCCCGUGCAGAUAAAUAAGUCUAAUGUAAGGUGCACAAUGGGUGUUUGGCUUGUAAUCACCACACAACUGAAUUGGUGCUGUGCAGAAACUUUCUAAGAUAUUAGAACCAUCUUCAUACACAAUCCUAAAAUGAAUCAAUGUACAGAUGUAAUAACUUACUCUGUGUUACUUAGUGAUGUAUGGUUCAGACAGACAUUUAUCCACAUAAUUUAGUGGUAAAUUAAAACAAAGGUAGACUGACCUCCAGUUUAUGAUCACAAUAAGGUGAACACACACCAAAAAAAGGUUUUUCCUUUUUAAAGUUACUAUUGUCAUAUAACCUCCUUUAGAGGUUUACUCCUUUACAAAGAUGGUGAGCUGUUUUUUCCCCUCUGAUUAGUUCAUGCAAACUACAAUUUCAUACACUACUAAAGGGGUAAUUAAAGCACCAAGGUUCUGUGCUGUAAAAAACAUAGUUCUGGUACUAUACAUAAAUUAAGGAUUCAUUCAACCAGUUAAAGUCAUGACUCGAGCCACAAUUAGCCCCUAAUGAACCUUUAAAAUGACAAAAAGACUACUGUGCAGGAUGUGAAGUCGUGAGGCGGAAAAAUUCUGUGUAUAACUCUCCUCUGUCUUUUUGUUUUUUUAAAUCCACUGGCUGAUCAAACUUAAUGUAAUGGGAGUGAUGGGGUUUGUAUGGAAAUGGAGCUGAAGUGGAAGGAAAGACAAAACACACUUUAGGUUGAUUUGUUUUCCUGUUUGCUCUCACCUUCCUUUCAUCCUCUUUUCUGUCCUUUAGUUUGAGCGGGAGCACUAUCACCUGUACUGUAUCUAUCAACUGUAGCAUGCUAAUCUACAAAAAAAGAAGAAAAAAAGCUUUAUUUUACCGUAAACAUUAAUGUCUGACACUGAUCACAUUCUUUGUUUUAGCAAAAGAAGAAAAAGCGUUUUUGCCAUUUAUAUUUUGUAAUAAAAACGUUUGAAGUAAAAAAA